UUGCGUUUCCCACAAGAACACGUGUAAAAUCAGACAUAAUUGAAAUAAUAAUUACUCUCUAACGAUUUAGUAAAUCUACUUAAAAAUUUUUUCAGUAUAUUACAGAUAACAAAGGAAGUGUUUCCCGAAGUUUCAUCAAUUUGGUACUAUUUUGAAAUAGCUCAGAUACAUCCUUAAGAUUGAAAAGUAAUCUGUGCUACUUUCCUAGCGCGUCACCCCGUGAAAAUUGUAUUUUUGGCGCGAACGUGAUCGACGUUGGCGCCCCUGCGCGAGCGGCACUUCAGAUCGAGAACGUGUCGCGUGAAGUUGUCUCUUUCGUCGCGCGUUUUCCCGCGGAUUUCGUCAGGACUGUGGCAUCGGCGAUGUGCGGUCUGCGUGCCGUUUAACGCGGCGUUCGUUUAAACGUCGCCGAAAAUUACGCGUCCCUCGGCUCGCAAUUCCCUCGCGGUCCAGUGCGACGACGCGUCCCUCCGCCACGAUCGGCCGAACCGUCCCGGCGAAUCGUUUGCCCCGGUUCUCGUUUAGGUUAUAGCGACGAGACCGCGCUGACAGAUCCGCAAUAACGCCCGAGGAAAUGUGCUGAUCGUCCCGCUACUUCGGAAAUUGCGAGGUUUGACAAAUGAAAAGUAUGGACGUUUCGACAGACGACGUCGAUUGCCUGGUAGAUGCGGUCACGCCCGCGAAGAAGAAGAAAAUGAGACAAGCACAACUGCCGUUUCAAAUGCUGAGUUCCUCGAAAUCGCCAAGCAGCGCGGACAACGUGCUUAACAAGAAAAAGCGGAAGAUAAUAUCGCCGGUGGUAGGAGCCAAGAACUCCAAGGUGGUGAAGCUUGCGGCGAAAGAGAACUUGGUCAGAGAUGAGAAGAAAGAAGAUGCGGACGAAAUAAAGCGGGACAGCAACGACGACACCGCCGAAAUCUUGACGUCGGAUGACGAGAAAAAGGAGCAAGGCGAUACGCAGAAGAGCAGGGAAGACGAUGGCACGGCUAAAAGCGGUGGUCUAGGGAAGGACAAGAAGCUGGAUAAAUCUCAACAGAAACUUGGUGCCUUAACUAAGUUCCUCAAAAGAACGGACAGAGUGGUCGAAGAAGUUGAUAUUAGCGGUGGUGAUAAUUUAUCGGAAUUAAAGGACAAAAAGGACUGUCAGAACACACCCGCGCACAAGGGAGAAAGUAAGAUCCGAUUGAACGAGAGUUCGGAUACGUCGUUGGAUCAGUCUGAAUUGCAAGAUACGUCUCGGCUGAGUGAAACGGAUGAUUGUCUCACUGGUAAAAGUGUGGAGCUCUCUCUUCAGGAAUCAGACUGUGAUAUUACUAUGCUAUCGUCGGAUAAUGAGACCUCGAGCGAGUUGGACAAAUCAGUAACGAGUAAGGAAACGACUGACAAAUCUGCAACUUCUGUUACUCCGAAAACUAACAAAGAGGCGAAGAGUAAAAUUAAAACAUUAACACCGAAACAAUUGGAAAAGAGGCGGGAAAUUGCUAGGAGAAAGGAAGAGAAGCUAAAAUUAAAAAUGGAGAAAGAAAAGAAACGGGAGGAAGAAAAAGCAAAUCGGCGAAGGGAGAGAGCGGAGAAACAGAGGGAGAAAGAAGAGAGGGAGAAAAUGGAAAAGGAACAGAAGAAUAAGGAAAAGAAAUUAAAGGAACUUAGGAAGCAAAUGGAGAAUGAACAAAAACAAAAAGAAAAGGAGGCUAGAGAAGAAGAGAGGAAAAAGCGGGAAGAAGAGAAGAGAAGAAAAGAAGAGGAACGAUUGGAAGUCGAGCGCAAGAAGCAGAAAGCUGCCUCGAAUUUUGCCAGCUUUUUCGUCUCUAAGAAGCAAGAGGCUAAAUCGGCGGACGAAGAGAGUGUGGUUGAAGUGAAAAAUUUUAUGCCUUUCGAAAUAAAGGCUGACAUGAGAGUCGCCCCGGUCUGUCGAAGGAAGUUGAAUGACCACGAUAAAUUAUUGUUAGAUAAUAAGCGCAAUGCAGAUGCAGAUGUAGAUGGAACCGAAUUGUACCUCGAGGAUAUCAGAAGAAGAAGGAUUUUGACGCGUACUUCCUCCAAAACGUGGCCGCUCGAAGCAAAGGACGACAUAGCGAAGGAUGAUGAUAUCGUCCUUCUAGACGAGGACAACGACGGCAGUUCUAACAUAAUAACGGGCACGCAUAAUUUGGAGAAGCACCGGCCAAAAUUACUGCAGUUCAAGGAAAACCGUCGUCCUCCGUAUUGGGGCACGUGGCGGAAACGAAGUAGCGUUCUAAACUCUCGGCGGCCGUUUACGAAAGACGAGAAAUGGUUCGAUUAUGAAGUUGACUCCGAUGACGAAUGGGAAGAGGAAGAACCUGGUGAGUCCCUCAAAGGGUCGGACGACGAGAAGGAUGAGGAAAAUCCGGAAGAUAACGAAUACGACGUCGACAAUGAAUUCAUGGUUCCUCAUGGAUAUUUGUCCGAUGAAGAAGCGCAGGCUGAUGAAGAAGAGAUGGAGGAUAUGUCGCCACAAACACAGAAAAUGAAACUGAAGAUAUUGGGAGAGCGAUUCGAAGCUGAAAGAAACGCGAAGACAUACAAACUUAAACCAAAAAUAGUCGGAUGUAUCUGGCAAGGACCCGACAAUUCGUUUCCGGCAUUUAUCUCUCCAAAGAUCAAGGAAUUUUUGUUGGCACGGCAAGCUUGGGUUAACAGCAUACCGAUAGUAUUUCCGUCGGAAUCACCGGAAGAAGAUACUUCGGCUAAUGCUGAAUGCAAGACUUCUAUCCAUCAACAAUCUGUGAGAGGAGCAAAGAAGACCAAGUUCCCCGACGAAGCUUUGCCCGAUCUGAUUCUAUUGGUGCAUGGGAACAGACACGGUAGACAUGGUCUUAUGAAAGAGUUUAUGACAUUUUGGAGCAAAAAAGGCGGGGGCCAUUUGUCAAAAGUUAGUAUAUUAUCGAAAAUCAAUGAAAUUGCUGAUAGGAUAGCAUGUCCAGAAGAGGGACCAAUGCAUCUCAAAUCUUGUUGGUAUGUCUCGGAGGAUAUCCGGAAACAGCAUCUUCCUGGCGUAGAGUUACCUUUGCCGAAUCGCUGGAAAUAUAUCUUGACACUAGAUAGGAAAAAGGAUACUGAAAAUAUUGUCGCCGAUAAGAUUGAGAAAGGCGAGGGAAAAGAAAAGGAAAAAGAGAAAAAAUACGUAUCACUUAUUACUCAAUUCACUAAAAAAAUAACCCAGGAGGAGCUGAAGAAACAACUGGCGAAAUCUGACCAGGAAGAGGCAAAGAAACAAUCGACAGCGACACCUGAUCAGAACGAAAUGAAGAAACAGUCGACAUCGAAAUCCGACCAAGAAGAAAUUCAGAAACAAUCGGCAGCGAAACCCGACCAAGAGGAGACCAAGAAAGAGUCGUCAUCAAAAUCCGACCAGAUUUCCGCCCUACCGAAACUACCACCGCUACAAAGACCUCCUAAACGGGUGACUUUAAUCUCCGUAGGGAGAGGAGAACAAUUUCCGGAAAGCUCUCGACAGAAUAUGUUAGCCAAAUUCAUCGGUCUUAACAAGCAGAAAGAGGAACGUAGCGAAAAAAUGGUCGAUUCAGACGAGAUUAAACUCGUAAAAGGUAAUGAUACGAAUGAGACAGAUAAAAAAUCAAAAUCAAAAUCGUAAAAUUUUUGCGAUAAAUUGCGAGAAAGAGAUUUGGAGAGUAGAUAUAAUUGUUGGCCGUUAUGUCGAAAGAACUAAACGAUCGGUUCGGAAAAUAAAAUGCAAAUGGCAAAGAAUUAUAGUUAUAUAGGUAAAGAAAUAAUUACAAGCAUAUAAUAAAUAAGAAUAGCACAGGACAUAAAAAGGGAAGAAAACAUCGUUUUUUUUGUUCACGUCAAUGUGCCGCGUUUGUCAUACUUAUUUAGAAAGGCAUCGGUUUAAUUAAUUAUUAAUGAUAAAUGAUGAUACAAUUUGUGUAUUGAUUAAUAUUUCUUUACUUGUACAAAGCUUCAACGAAUAGGUUUUGUUACCUGUCGUAAUUUGAAUCAUACAACUAUUUUGUAAAAUGAAGUUUGUAGUAUAAAAACUUAAAUCGUAAUAUUUUGCAAUUACGAUUUUAUAUCAUAUAUUCUAGAAAAGUUUAAAUAUUAUAUGUAAGAUUUUAUCCAUAUGAGACUAUUCAAUUAAUUAAACAAAAUGCUUUCCACUAAUAACAUUCAGUUUUUAGGAAUAUGUAUAAUAAUUUGUAAGUUCGAAAAUUGUCAAAACGUAUCGAUGAACUAGCAUUAACAAAGUGAGGAUCAAUUUCGCUACUUGCUUUUAUUAGGUUCCAUGCUUUAUAUUUUAACGAGAUCGUUUCACUCGUAAAAAUAAUAGUCUUAAUCGAAUCGCGCGAUAACUGCCAGAUAAUUAUAUGGGCCGCCAGUUAUUUACUUUAUGUAAGAUCUAAGUGCCUUUAUAAAAUAAUUAGCUAUGUUACGAUUACUUACAAAAGUUAGUAAUUCUAGAAAAAUACAAGAAUUGCAGCUGAAAAGCAUCGCUCUGUUUCCUUUCAAUAACGUAUAGCUAUUUUAGGCUAAAUUCUUUAAGGUUUAAACUUUCAAAAUUAUUUGUACAAAUUCGAAAUUUACGCGAUUAUUCGUUUAGAUUAUCUAAUUAAACUAGUACUGAAAUAUGCAUAACAUUCUAUUUUGCUCAAUCGAGAAUGAUGCAACACGAUAAAAACCGCACAAGUUUCCUCUCGUAAACUUGUAUAUCGUACUGUAUGUCUGUAGAUCGGAAAAGAUAUCGAGGCGACACGCGUUUCAUGCGUGCCGAUCUUCCUUUUUUUACAAGAGCUUUGUUGCGCGAGUUAAUGUUUGCUAAAUAAAAUAUAUUUUAUAUUAACCCGAGAAACUU